AUGGUCUACACGAUGGAAAUCUACGUCGACGGAGGCUGCAGAGGCAACGGAAAGCCCUGGGCCUUUGGCGCCGCGGCCGCGGCCUUCAAGAAGCGGAACGGGACCUUCCAGGGCUGGUACAGAGCGUUACCCUCGACGCCCAGACCGACCAGUCAGCGCGCCGAGAUCAGCGCCAUCAUCCUUGCCCUGCAGCAGGUUCUUGCGAAGCACAAGGAGCUAUCUUCAGAUCCCUGGCUCGACGUGACGAUAUACUCCGACUCCCGAUACGCUGUGGGUUGCAUGACGGAGUGGAUUUACAAGUGGUCUAAGAAGGGUUGGGUUAAUUCUCAGGGCGACGAGGUCGCAAACCGGGAUCUGAUUCAGUGGGCGUCGAAUCUUGAUGAUCAGGUGAAGGAGCUUGGAGAUGUGACCUACCUUUAUAUUCCUCGUGCCCAGAAUGAGUAUGCGGAUGACUUGUGCAAUCAGUGUCUAGAUGAGCAGGAGUAGGAAAGUCGUUCUUCCUUGGAUGACUUAGGCUGCCACUAGGUCAUUAGGGAUUGCUGGGCCAAGCCAGAUCACUUUGUCGCCGAGCCUCUUUCCUUUCAAGUUGACAUUGAAGGCUAGCUCACACUUCGUGCCCGCUCCAAUGCACCAAACUCCCGCCCUGAUCCGGAAGAAUCACGUUCAGCCCACCGACCACCCAUCCUCUAUCCCCGACACAACGCUGCUGCGGCGUGGCUAGGCUAUCAUGUGCCCGUUCAGAGUUCGAUU